AUGUCGCACACUUACGAGUUCAACGUCAGCAUGAGCUGCGGCGGCUGCUCUGGCGCUAUCGACCGCGUUCUCAAGAAGCUUGAAGGCGUCGAUAGCUACGAGGUUUCCCUCGAGAACCAGUCGGCCAAGGUCGUCACCGACCUCCCCUACGAGACCGUCCUCGAGAAGAUUGCUAAGACGGGCAAGAAGGUCAACUCGGCCAAGGCUGAUGGCAUCGACAAGUCGGUCGAGGUGGCGGCUGCUGCGUAG